CAAUUUUAUGGUCCUUUGCCUUCCUUUUGAAACUAAGAAACACUUUUUAUCCUUAAUUUCUCUUUUUUCUGCACAGAAAAGCUCUGGAUUGUCAAGUCAUUCAUCAGCCAUAUCACAGAAUCCAUUAGAGAACAAGGUAGAUAAUGGCUUAAAGGUCAAUAAAGAUCCUGUUGUGGCUUCUGGUCAUGGAUCUAUAUAUAAAGAAGCUAGUUCUAACAAAAUUGCUUCUCUUCCUGAAAGUGUUUGCCGUAUUGGUGGAAACACUCAAUAUGCACAACAAACGGUAAAACCAUCGGGCUUGCGGAUGCCUUCACCAUCAUUGGGAUUUUUUACUCAGUCAAAGAUUAAUGCUUCACAUAAUUUACAAAGCAGCUCCCAACAACGCAAUAACCCAAAGUCUAAUAUUCCUAAUUUGCAGAAGCUUGGUGUCGUAAAUUCUACUUUUGAGAUCUCCACUCCAUCUAUGAAAGUACAUGUAGUGGCUAAUGAUGUAGCAGCAAUUGCUAAUGCAAGGAUGUCAAGCAUAGAACUGUCUGAUCCAUCGAGUGCCAGUUCUUUAUGUGAAGACAUCAGACCUGAUUCUAGAACAAGUAAAAUCCCAAGGAUGGCAGUGAGGGUUCCUUGUAAUUCUUUCAAUCAUGAAUUAACUAAUAAUCAGCAACAAUUGCACGCCACUGACAGUGAUCUUAAGCAGCAAAGUGAGAAAGUAGAAUUUCAGUGUACUGAUGACAAGUUACCCCCGCAAAGUGAGUCCUCUGAAGAAGUGAAAUUAGAUUGUAAGGGAGAAGACCUUGUUAUCCCCAGAAGUCUGUAUCACAUUGGCAGUGAAUUUAAAGAUCCCCAUUUUUUCUCUUACCAUGGCCUGCAGGUAAAAAGUGCCUUGAAGGGUGAUAAUGCUGGCAACCAACUUUCAGGGAAUGAACAGAAUAAUUUGUUGACCGAGGAUUUUGAUCUCCUUCCGCAGUUGCAUUCUUGUGAUGUGAAUAGUAGUAACAUACUUGGUUCUCCAAUAUUAAACAGUGACCGGAUUAGCAUUCAUAACAGGCAUGAACAUUCAAGCAAACAAGCUGAACAUGCAAAACCUUGCACCUUUGAAGAUGAUCAGGCAAGCAAUGAGAUUGAGAGACCACAUAUUAAUAAUGAUGGUGCCUUGGUCAAGGAGGGAGAACCUUUAGAAGAAUUUCUUUGUUCCAACAGUGUGCAGAAUAAAGGUAUCUGUCCAAACGUCAGAGAUUGCAAUGCUAGUGAAUUGGGAAGCAAUGAUGGUUUAUCUCAUUAUGGAGGCAGAAUUCAAGGAAAUGAUGGUACUGUUGGGGCUAAUGAUUUAAAUGAGCAAUCACAUGUAGCAGAUGCACAAAAGGAUUCUUUUGAAUUUGAUUUAUCUCUUGAAGGCAGCAGUGGUCUUCUGAAUGCUUCAGAAGUUGACAACCAGCACAAACAUGUCAAUGAUGUAACUAAAAAAACAGUUCAACAGCUGCCACUUCCUGAUCCAUGCAUUGUAGUAGAAACAUUUUUCCAGGAUAAUUAUGAAUCACAUUCAACUGAUUGCUUAUUACAUGGAGAAAUCUUCUCUUCUGAAGAGUUGCUGGCUGAAAGCAAUCUUCGACAUGCUAAAGGUGUUGCCUGUCAAAGAGGAUUGGCAAAUUCCAGUUCUCCAUGUGGAAUUCCACCUGCACUGCAGAAUUGUGUUCAUGAGAUGGCUGAGUGCCUACAUGUGCAGAAGGAGCCCUCAAUUUCUACUGAUUCACAGUGCAACCAUGACAUUGAGCUCCUUUGUGAAGCUACUUCAUCUAAAGGAUUAGAAAGGAACAAGGAAGACCAGGUAACUGGAGCAAUAACUUCUUGUGAUAUUGGUGUCAGCAAUGACUAUCAAGGAAGUGGUGAUCUAGGUAUCAGAGAGAUGGAUGAUUCCCAUUCAAUAUCCCCCCUUGGCCUAAUAGAUGAUAUCAUUGACCUUAAAAAUGUUGAAGGCAAUCCAUAUUAUUUGUCUGCAAAUUGUAAUUCUGCCAUUUUAGAGCCAGGAGAAAAGAUCACUUGUCAUUUUGGUGCACCCGCCAUGCUUACUAACUCAUUGCUUGAUAAGCAAAAUGAUUGUGAAACUAUUGCCCAAGAUGAGGUGAUACAGUCCUCCUGUGAAGAUGGUAAUAACUUCCAAGAGAAUCAGAUUCUAGAGGCAUGUAAUUGCCUUUUAUCUGUGGAGGGACAACUUUUAGAAGAGUCCCGACAUUUUGAUGAUAGUGACAGUUGUGCAGACAUUGGUCCCAGAGACAAAAUUGUUAUACGAGCAGUGGAAGGUCCUGAUCUGUCUCAGGUGCAAACAUAUGAACCAAAUGGCGACUCUGCUGAUGGAGGUAAUGAGACGGCUAAUGGGUCUUUUUGGAAACAUGUAUGCUUACAGCCCUCCGAUGGUGGUCUUUCAUUCGAUAGAGGAAAAACUAACCUUUUCACUUCUGCAGAAACUAGCAACUCUGCAGAAAUUGAGAAUUUAAAUAAACCUCCUGAGCUUCAAAGUGAUGUCACUGUUAUGCCAGAGCAAGGGAAAUUUGGAUUGUCUACUGCUGAGGAAAUAUCUAGCCAUAUCAAGAUUACGCUGUCAGAUGAGAACUGUGAUGCUUGUAAUGAUAUGAUCAGGCCUGAUAAUGAACAAAGUGGCCAAGUAACCACUUUGAAUGUUGAGUUGUCUUCAUUGAGUGAAGAUCAAAUUUCUGGAGCAGGAAAUUCGUGCAAGUUACAAGCAUUUUGCUCGUUGGAUGAGGAGCUAACAUCCUCUAUCAACACAAGUCACAUUUCUUCAAAUGGAAGUUUAUUACAGGAAGAAGUCAACAGAUUGGAGAAUGAUGUGCCAGAGGAAUCAAACAGCUCAGCGAUCCCUGUGGAAGCUAAGGGUACAACUUUGGUUGACACAAAACAAGUUGCUCCUGUAGUAAAGCCCCCUUUGAACGCUGUUCCAUUUUCAGAUGAAUGGUUAGCUGCAUUUGAAGCUGCUGGAGAGGAAGUUUUAACCAUGAAAAGUGGUGCCGUACAAAAUUCGCCUAAGGACAAAUCUCUACCCGAACCUGGCCCAUGGUCCCCGGUAAGAAAGAAAAACAAUCAAAAGAUGGGCCCAUUUGACUGCACAAAGUUCACCAACACAAAUAUCCCGCCUGGUUUUGAAUAACAGAGGCCGAGAGGUUCGCCUAACAAUUCUUUUCUAUUUUCUUCACUGCUAACAGAAGUCACAAUUGUACUAUCAUGCAACACCUAACGAAUAUUUUGAAGGCUUUAGGCAAAUAUAAAUGCCAGAUUUCUGGCAUAUUAAAACCGCGAAAUAAAAGCUUCAAAGUUCUUUGACCAUAAUUCGUCCAGUUUGAAGGAUUGUCAACUUCACCUUAAUUUGGCCACUACUAUUUCUUUUAUUUACUUUUUACUAUUUAUGAAAGUACUACUGAUUAAUAUGGAUAAAAUGUAGUAAAAGCUGAUCUUAGAAAAUUUUCUACUUUCCUAACAGUAAAUUAUUCUUGUUUGGAACAAAGGGGUAAAGAAAAGUUCAACUUGAAAUAUGGAGGCUUUUUAAAAGCAAAAAUAUCUGUUGUAAUGAAAA